AUGAAAUUCUCUAUAUUUGCACUUUGUUUAGUGUUGCUGGGCACUUGCUUUUCAGUUAAUGCUCACUUUAUCAGUUUAAAAGAGAAAUUAUGUGCCAAGGGACAAAGAGCAUUUUGUCCUCUCCCACCACCACCAGUUGAUCCCACAACACCCACCUUAGCACCUAUACCAACAACACCUACAACUACCGGUACCGGAGGACCUUCUACUGGAACAACUCAAACUGCAAAUACUUCACCUACAACCGAUACUAGUAUAACUCCUACUACUACCGAAACAUCACCACCAGACCCGAGCCCUGAACCCGAUGAAGAAACUACUGAUGAAAAUGCCAAGGAAACUACAGCAGGUGGCAGAGCUUUGGAUAUUAAAGAACAUGAUGAAGAACAGGAUGAUGACAUUGACUCAGAACUUAGCGAUGCCCGUGCUCGUCGUGUUAAAAGUCGUCGCAACCUUCGUAAUCGUCCUGUACGUAGACGUAAAAUGAGUCGUCAGAACAAGAAUCGUUAG